ACGGGCCGGGGCCGGGGCCGGGGCCGGGCGCGCGAGGAUGAGCCGGUUCCUGAGCGUGCUGCGCAGCUGGCUCGUCAUGGUGUCCGUCAUCGCCGCCGGGAACACCCUGCAGAGCUUCCGCGAUCACGGCUUCCUCUCGGAGAAGCUGUACACCGCCAGCCCCGGCCUCGUGAACGGGCUCCAGGCUCGGACCUUCGGCGUCUGGACUCUGCUGUCGUCGGUGAUCCGCUGCCUCUGCGCCAUCGACAUCCGCAACAGGACCCUUUAUCACAUCACGCUCUUUACCUUCUUUUUGGCCCUUGCUCACUUCCUCUCCGAGGUCUUCAUUUACCGCACUGCAGCCUUGACAAUUGGAGUUAUGGCACCCCUCAUGGUAGCAAGUUUUUCUAUUAUGGGGAUGCUGAUUGGGCUGCAGUACCUGGAGGUAGAAGCACUGUCACAAAACAAGAAGAAAAACUGAAGAUGAAGGCUCUUUAUAGGUCAGCGUCAUCUUCUGUCUUCACUGCCAGACUUCAACUAAAGCUCGGCUGAACUUCUCCAGGACACCAGUCCCAGUGGUGGAUCAGUGUUGGACUCUGUCAAUCACUGUUCAUUACCAAGUCUUUUUUUCUUGUCCGUGCAACAUUACAACUGACUGAUGUCAAAGAUGCAAAGGAGUUUGUGUCAGGCUUGUGGGGGGCACUUGGUGACUGACUCCCUGGAUAGAGGCAAAGUCUCAGGCAUGCCCAGUGCACUAAGGACUUCUCUCCCACUGUAACUGUAGGGAGAAGGUGCAGGGCUACCCAGGAUUCACUGAACACUUUGGACCAGAGAGAGAGAAUAGGUGCUAUCCUUGGCACUGCUGUGUAACUUGCAUGUGUGUGUUUGUCAGGGGCCAUUUCUAAUAAAUGACAAAACUGCA